AUGCCAAAGUUGCGUGGAAAGAUGUUUGCAAAACCGAUGGUGGAAGGGGGACAGGGUAUAAAAGAUAUUGGUAUACUCAACCAAGCUCUAAUGACAAAGAAAUUGUGUGACAUCAUUAGAUGUGACCGAACGUCUAUCUGGGUAGAGUGGCUACAACGUGGACGACAUCGAAAUAAUUCCAUUUGGACAGUUGAUGAGAAGGGAGGAUCGUGGACUUGGAGAAAGAUGCUUCGACUACGCAACCUCAUCCAACCAAUGGUGGAGCUGCAAAUUGGAGAUGGGAGAAGCUUCUAUCUUUGGAAGGAUCCAUGGCAUCAUCUUGGACCCCUGAUUACUAGAUUUCCAUGUGGACCGAGACUACUUGGGCUUGAUGAAUCUACAAAGCUUCAUAUGGUUAUAGUUGACGGCCAAUGGCACUGGCCUCUCAUUACUGAAUUGGAAUGCCUUCAGAUUAUCUACACAUUACCCCUGAUUAAUGGUGGUGAGGAUAGAAUCAUUUGGCGGUUUCCCGAUGGGCGUCCCACUGCCCAAGCUCUGUACUGGCUUCUUUGCCCACCAGGACCAAAAGUAGGAUGGACUUCACUACUUUCGGGUUCGUUGAAGAUUCCACGACAUUCCUUUAUCUUAUGGAUGGCUAUUCUGGAAAAAUUACCUACAACGGAUAAACCGUGGUUCACACCUUGGAGGGUGUAUUCUUUGUGA